AAGGAAACUCAUAGCAACACUGAACACGGUAUGAUGUUCGUUUCCUCGGCAUCGAUAAUACUGAGCUCGCUAGUCAACUAGUCAGAGAGCGACCUAGACACACUCGAGUAGCAGUGGCCUUGGGGCUUUUUUCUUUCUUUUGUAAAUAUAGGACUGAAGAAGAAAAUAAAAAAAGGAGAGUGUGAGAGCUCCUCCUUCGGUGAGUGUAAGAGAGAGAGAGAGAGAGAGAGAGAGAGAGAGAGAAGCGCUGGCUGAUUUAGUCUCUACGUCAGAGGGACGAUGGUGGCAGGCUGGUAAAGAUGGCCGCUCUCUCCGUGGACGGGAGAUACGGACUCAAUUGCGGCCGCAAUGCCGACAGAAUCACCGUUUUGCACGUAAAGCUCACUGAGACGGCCAUACGAGCGCUAGAAAACUACCAAAACCGUAAGAAUGUACCGUCCUCACAGCCAACAAUACAUUUCCAAGGACUGCAAGGGCGCAUCAAGAUUCCAAAGUCUGACGUCUCAGAUGGAUCUCAUAUCUUCGAUUUCUACUUGUCCAAUGUCGGAAAGGACAAUCCUCAGGGAAGCUUUGAAUGCAUUGAGCAGCAUGUGUCCAGCUCCGGGGCUCCCCACUUAUCCUCUCUCGGGGCAAUCCAGGACAAAAUCACGGUGUGCGCCACAAACGACUCCUACCAGGUGACCAGAGAGCGCAUGACACAGGCCGAGGAGGACACGCGCAGGAAGGGCACCAAGGUCAUCAAACCCGGAGGGCAAUUCAGAGGUACAAAGGUGCAGAUCCGUAAGCCAGCUCCCUCAGCCCCAGACCCGGUUCCAGAGAGGAAACGGUCGACCCCCAUGAACCCAGCCAACACCAUCCGCAAGUGCCUUACCAACAACCCAGUGUCCCAGCGGCCAUACCGGGAGCGCAUCAUUCACCUGCUGGCUCUGCGCUCCUACAAGAAGCUGGAGGUCCUGGCCAGGCUGCAGAGAGACGGAGUCAGCCAAAAGGACCGCAACUCCCUGGGGAGCACUUUACAGCAGGUUGCAAAUCUGAACCCAAAGGAUAACUCUUACUCCUUGAAGGACUUCAUUUACCGCGAGGUUCAGAAAGACUGGCCCGGCUACUCAGAGGACGAGCGUGUUCAGUUGGACUGGAUUUUAGCUCGUAAACUAGGCCUGCCUGCAGAUUCACUGUCAUCCAGCAGUUCUCCAAAAGAACCAACAUCACCACAGAAGCGCCAGCCUCAGGGUGACUUUAUCGACCCUCUGAUGUCUAAGAAACCCCGGAUCUCCCACCUCAGCAGUCGAGGAGCGCCGAGCUCGUCAGAUCGCCGCCCGCCUACAGAAACCGAGGAGAAGAGACCAGCUCCUCCAGUGAACGCAGCCUGUCCGGGUCCUUCGUCCCAGCCCCCAGUGUCCCACCCUCCCUCUGGUUCCAACUCCAACUCACCCAGCACACCCGAGGGCCGCGGAACCCAGGACCUGCCCCUGGACCAGAGCUCCACAUGCGGGGAGGAGACCGAAUGCUACGCACCCCGCUCUCUCACUCCCAGCUCCAACUUUCUCCCACCCUCUGCCACAUCCCCAGCAGCCAACAGUAGCAAAAAGCCCAAAAAGAAGUCAAAGAAGCACAAAGACAAGGAGCGGGAAAGGAGAGGGGAGGGCGAGAUCGUUCGGCACAGGGAGGGCCAGGCUGAGAAGGAAGAAAGGCCGAAAAAAAGACACCGCACCGAGGCAGAAACACACACACUAUCUAAUGUGGAAAGCCCUUCAGGUGUAGAAUUGCACAAAGACAGAACAAGCAAACCUGAGCUUACUGAACUCUCCACCCCGGUUAUUCCUGAUUACAUAGCUAAAUACACUGCGGUGGUAUCUAUGGAUCAGCGGCAGCGCUACAAGGACGACUUUAACGGCGAGUACGACGAAUAUCGCACUCUUCACGCUCGUGUGGAGAACAUCACACGGCGUUUCACACAGCUAGACACUCAGUGCAGACGCCUGCUACCCGGAACCAAAGAGUACCAGGAGGUGCAUGAAGAGGUGCUUCAGGAAUACAAGAAAGUCAAACAACACAACCCGAAUUACCACGAAGAGAAGCAGCGCUGCGAAUACCUGCACAACAAGCUGGCCCACAUCAAGAGGCUCAUUGCUGACUUUGACCAGCGGAGGGCGCAGUCCUGGCGUUAAAGUGGUGGGACCCCAGCAGCCAAUCAGAGCUCUUCUCAGCCUAAAGACCACAACCAAUGGCAGCCAGGGGAUCAGACAGCCUGGAGGGUUUUUUUUUUUCUUCUUCUUCUUUCCCCUUCCCCCUUCUUUAUUCCGUAUACAUCCUUUCUGAUCUUUUUGCCUGUUCCCUCUUCCCCAUUUAUUAAGGCAACAUUUCAUAUUUUUUCCCCUGCUUCUUUCUUCUUCUUUCCUCCAUGCUGUUCCUUCUGACCACUGCCUUCACUGUUUAAGAAAGGAGAGCCACUCUUCCUGCUAGUGAUGUCAAGCAUGUCCAGGAGGAUAACUCUUCUUCGAUUUUAUUUUAUUAUUAUUAUUCUUUUCUUUUCUUUUCUUUUUUUUUUUGGACAGACUUCAAAAGGGGAGAAAAUGAAAGGACAAAAAAAAGAGAAUUUAAACAUUUUUCAAAGCAAAGAAAAUACUAUAUAUAUAGCUAUCUGUAUUUAAAAGAGAAAAAAAAGGAAGAUCUAUUUAUUUUGAACGGAAGGAGAAGAUUGAGUCCACGGAUGAUAUAAGGUUUAGUUUCUUUUCUGGAUGCAAACGCAUUGCCGGGGGCCUUACAAUAUACAGUGUCUACAUGACUUCCUAAAGCCUUUUGCACAGGGGCAGCUGAGCCAGUGCGUAUUUAAAAAAAAAUAAUAAUUAUGGGGGGGAAAAAUUUAAGUAGAGGGUAACUGGAGAUAGGGGAGCAUGGAGCCAGGAGCCAUAAGAUUCCCUUCGUCUCCGGACCCUGCCUUGAGCAGCAGCAGUAUUCUUGCUCACCGUGCAAAUGGUGCCUUAACGUGUUCGUUUACACAAAAGGAUGUGGAGUCCGACCGUGUUCCAGGGGCCCGGAGCAGAAGAAACGACUGUGAUCUAGUGACAAAGUUCAGACACACAUCCGUGGAAGGUGUGUGUGAUUUUUCUGUGCGUGUGUGUAGCGCGCUCACGUUCACGAGACAACGGAAAAUAGCGACAGCUCGUCAGUGUUUGUCUUUGAGAUGAUGUACGAGUGUGUGCAAGAGCGAUCAAUGUGUGCGCGUGUGUGUGUGAGAAGAGAGAGAGAGGGAAGUAUUUGUUUUUUCUUUAGUUUCAUGAGGGGAGGGUUGGGCUUGUGAGAGUAGGGGGUAGAAAUGUGGAUAAAAGAACAUAAAGGAGGAAAAAAAAUAGAAAAUGAAAACCAAAAAAGCUGCUAUGGCCUUUGAACCGCCUGAGCAUCGGUGAUCAACCUGGCUUAUGUUACAUGUUCUUAACUUUGAAUGAUAAGGACAGAGGAUGGCUUGUGUGUAUGUGCGUGUGUAUGCGUGCGCGCGUGUGUGUGUGUUCUUUCCACAGCACCAGACAAACACAAAACAGUGUUUUUUGUUUUUUUUUCCCCUAAAAAGAAGAGCAGAACUACCAGAGCCAUACCUAUAUUACAAUUUCAAAUGUAUUCUUAAUUAUUCCAUAAGUUUCAAAACGUAGUUAUUUAUAAGUAAUGACUAGCAUGCUGUUUUUGUUAAUCUUUUUUUUUUUUUUUUUUUUUUAAAUUCAGGAGAAAGAAUUUUUGCAAAUUUACUUUUGACAUUAAGCAAAUUAUGUUUGGUGAUCAGAUAUGAAGAGCUAGUCUUUAUUUUCAUGAAAUACAUUGGGGGAGAAAGAUGCUUAAGGUUUAAGGGACUCUUUGUUUACAAAACCUGUGUUCAAAUAUUUUUUUUGGGGGGGGAAUCGAUUGUUUUUGAUUAUUUGAAAUAAACUGCAUCUUCUCGAUAUAGCUUAUUUCUGUACGAUGACGCAGAAUGAGUUUCCUUAAAGAAAAAUACUAGCAUCACAGCUCACUUUGUUCCCUUCCUGUUUUUAUCGAAACAAUAAAGGAGGAAGAAAAUGUAGAAACAAUCUGAGGGGGAAAUGCAUGUGCCGCUUUUUUCUGUCGUACUGUCGGAUCUAACAAGGAUAUUUGAUCCCUACAGAUAUAUGCAAAGUCUUAGUAGAUACAGGAAACGAUCGCAAAGAGCCGGAUAUGGGUCACACUUUGCAAGUCAGCCCUGAAUGUAGUAUUUGUGAAUACCGUGGAGGAAUAAGGAGCAUUGAGGACAAUUUAAUGCACAAGAAGAGGAAAAAACAAUCCUGUUCAGUAUUUUUGCUCCGAUACAGUAUGGGCUGAAUAAGAGAAGGAAGGUUGCGUGGUCGAUUCACAUAACGCGUCCUUCACUCCUCCCCUUACCUUCUCCGUUUAUCCUGGACGCUCAUUCUUUCACUUGCAUUGAUGAUGGAAGACAAAGCCAAAUGCGUGCAUUGAUUAAUUAGCAGAGUUCAGCAGCUUUUUAUCUCCCAGGUUUUUCUUUCACCCACAAUCUUCAACUCCUUCAAUCUCUUUAGUCCCUAGCGUGCGUUUCUCCAAACGGUGUCCCUGCAGCGAACAUUGGCAACUCCACUUUUAGGUUUAUGCAGAAAGAUCAAAUUCUUUAAUACUCCAACUUGAAAAUCUGUUGCUUUUUUCGCAGAGACCAUUAAAAGUGUUUGACACUAACCAUUUAGCGAGGGAACGGAUACUAUGUGCUGGUUAAGGCGCAAAAAAAAGAAACAUGCAAAAAAAAGCUAAAUGUUGGGGGGGGGGUGAAAUCCCUCUUAUGGUAUAAAAGUAGGAUGGGGUUUACUGAGAGUGUUAUAUUUCCAACAUGUUCAUCUGAGAAAUGCAUUACAUGAGUUCAAUAAAAUGUGAACUUGGAAAAAGAAAAAAAA